UUAACGGUGAGGGAGGACCAGGUGUUUCCAAUGAACCCCCCAAAGUUUGAUAAGAUUGAGGACAUGGUGAUGAUGACGCACCUGCAUGAGCCAGCCGUCCUGUUCAACCUGAAGGAGCGAUACGCCGCCUGGAUGAUCUACACGUACUCUGGGCUCUUCUGUGUGACCGUCAACCCGUACAAAUGGCUGCCGGUCUACAACCCGGAGGUGGUCCGGGCCUACAGGGGCAAGAAGAGGAUGGAGGUUCCGCCGCACAUCUUCGCCCUCUCUGACAACGCCUACCAGUUCAUGCUCACCGAUCGGGUCAAUCAGUCCAUCCUCAUCACUGGAGAAUCUGGAGCCGGGAAAACCGUCAACACCAAACGUGUCAUUCAGUACUUUGCAACGAUCGCCAUGGCAACAGACAAGAAAAAGGAGAGCAGCAGCAAAAUGAGGGGGACUCUGGAGGAUCAGAUCAUCCAGGCCAACCCGCUGCUGGAAGCGUUUGGGAACGCCAAGACCGUGAGGAACGACAACUCGUCUCGCUUCGGUAAGUUCAUCCGGAUCCACUUCGGAGCCACUGGGAAGCUGGCAUCUGCAGACAUCGAAACGUAUCUGCUGGAAAAGUCCAGAGUGACGUUUCAGCUGUCGGCUGAGCGCAGCUACCACAUAUUCUAUCAGCUCACAUGCAACCAGAAACCUGAACUCAUCGAUCUGCUUCUGAUCACCACCAACCCGUAUGACUUUGCCUUCAUCAGUCAGGGGGAAAUCAGCGUGAAAAGCAUCAACGAUGCCGAGGAGCUUGUGGCAACGGAUGAAGCCUUCGACAUCCUGGGCUUCCUGCCUGAUGAGAAAGCGUCCGCCUACAAGCUGACCGGCGCCGUUAUGCAUUACGGCAACAUGAAGUUCAAGCAGAAGCAGCGGGAGGAGCAGGCGGAGCCGGACGGCACCGAAGAGGCUGAUAAAGCUGCCUACCUGAUGGGCCUGAACUCUGCCGACCUCCUGAAGAACCUCUGCUAUCCUAGGGUGAAGGUCGGGAAUGAGUUCGUGACCAAAGGUCAAAAUGUGCAGCAGGUCUACAACGCCAUCGGCGCUCUGGCCAAGUCGGUGUAUGAGAAAAUGUUUCUGUGGAUGGUCCUGCGCAUCAACCAGCAGCUGGACACCAAGCAGUCCAGACAGCAUUUCAUCGGCGUCCUGGACAUCGCUGGCUUUGAGAUCUUUGAUUACAACAGCAUGGAGCAGCUGUGCAUAAACUUCACCAACGAAAAGCUGCAGCAGUUCUUCAACCACCACAUGUUUGUGCUGGAGCAGGAGGAGUAUAAGAAGGAGGGCAUCGAAUGGGAGUUCAUCGACUUUGGGAUGGACCUGGCAGCCUGCAUUGAGCUCAUUGAGAAGCCCAUGGGAAUCUUCUCCAUCCUGGAAGAGGAGUGCAUGUUCCCCAAAUCAUCCGACACUUCCUUCAAGAACAAACUGUACGACCAACAUCUGGGCAAGAACAGCUGCUUCCUGAAGCCCAAAGCGGCGAAAGGGAAGCCGGAGGCGCACUUCACGCUGGUGCACUACGCCGGGAACGUGGACUACAACAUCAGCGGCUGGCUGGAGAAGAACAAAGACCCGCUCAACGAGUCCGUGGUCCAGCUCUACCGGAAGUCCUCCAGCAAAACCUUGGCGAUGCUGUACGCCAGCUUCUCUGGAGCCGAAGAUUCAGCCGCCGCCGGAUCCAAGAAGGGAUCCAAGAAGAAAGGAGCGUCUUUCCAAACCGUGUCCGCUCUGUUCAGGGUAGCAACGUUCCCAACCGAUCGGCUCUGCGCACCAGCAUGAAGCUUAAAUCUGAAACCUAAAUAUGAAACUUAAAUCUGAAACUUAAAUCUGAAACCUAAAUCUGAAGCUUAAAUCUGAAACGUAAAUCUGAAAUUUAAAUCUGAAACUUAAAUCUGAAGCUUAAAUCUGAAACUUAAAUCUGAAGCUUAAAUCUGAAGCUUAAAUCUGAAACCUAAAUCUGAAACUUAAAUCUGAAACCUAAAUCUGAAAUUUAAAUCUGAAACCUAAAUCUGAAACCUAAAUCUGAAACCUAAAUCUGAAGCUUAAAUCUGAAACUUAAAUCUGAAAUUUAAAUCUGAAACCUAAAUCUGAAACCUAAAUCUGAAGCUUAAAUCUGAAACGUAAAUCUGAAACUUAAAUCUGAAGCUUAAAUCUGAAACCUAAAUCUGAAAUUUAAAUCUGAAACCUAAAUCUGAAGCUUAAAUCUGA